AUGGCUGCCAACGAUAAGAAAGAAAUCACAGUUACUGUCACCGCCGUAAAGUCUCGAUCAUCUAUUGAUUCCGUCGCGCCCUCCCUCAAAACUCCCCGAGUCGCCCGCUUCGCCGAGGCAACUGCUGUGCACUCGCCUAUCGAGCCGAAGAAGUCGCCCUUCGCAGACCUUCCGACAAACCACUACACGCCUCAGCCGCAACCAGCGGACGUUGGAUUUGGCUAUCUGUCGGCCAACGCCGCCUCAAGGCACGCAUCUUAUCAGAGUCACGGAGUCGAAAUGGAGGAGACGGACAGGAGAUACCUCCCUCCGCCGACUCCAAUGUCGCCGCUGAAGAGUGCAAUGAAGUCGCCGGGUACGCCAGGGAGGAAGUUCGACGCACUACGAAGUCCGACAUUCCGGGAGGAGCAGAUACUGGAGAAGCACGAGGAGUCCACGGAGAAAGAACAAGCACAAGAUCUUAAAAUCAAGUUCCGUGUACGGAUAGCAAAGGUCUUCCUCCGCGGGAUCAAUUUCGCCUGCUCGCUCAUCAUCCUGUCCAUGCUUGCAACGGUCUUCGCCAUCUUCAACGCAACACGACACCUUGCGCCACGAAAUAACUCGCUUCCAUGGGCGUCAAAUACACCGACCUGGCCACAGAUCACUCUCCUCACGAUUGCGUGCAUAUCACUCUUCAUGUCCAUCGUCGUGCUCGCAGCGUAUUGGCGCGGCGGACACGGGCGCGCCGAAAAGGUGGCGGUAUACUACACCGUCUUCGCCGUUGCUUUCUUCGUUUUCAGCAUCGUCAUGUGGGGCGUUGGCGCCGCCAUCCUGAACCAGAGCAAAGCAAACGGUAACGGCCAGGAUCUGUGGGGCUGGUCAUGCAAGGACAACAGGCGGCGUCAGCUCUUCAAGGACGACGUCUCCUACGAUCUAGUGUGCCGUCUUCAGGACUGGGCCCUCGUCUGCUGCAUAAUCGAAAUCGUCGUCGAAACCAUAACAAUCCUGAUCUACGGCAUCGUCUUCUACCGCUACUACUCCAAGCGCCGCCUACGCAAGUCCAUGGCGGUCCGCGACCGCGCCCGCAGCGACCUCUACCUCGCCCAACUGCGCUCGCAAUCCGCGCCCAACACCCCCGGCUUCGGUCCCCUCUCUCCGCGCGACGGCGGCUGGCGUCCCCCACCCGGCCAUAAAGACCCCAUCAUCGCCGCCGAAGAGGGCGACAGCACCGAGAACGUUCAAUAUCCCCGUGGCUUCGCGCAGCCCAAGCCGUUCAACCUCAUGCCGCCGCCGAUCAAGAUCCAGGGCGCCACGCCGAAGGUUACGCAGGGAGGCUUUGGGGAUGCGGUUGCGCCGGCGAGUCCGACGGUCCCGACGAGCCCCAGGUUUGAGAUUGUGCAGGAUCAUGUCCCUGCGGCGCCGGGCGAGCAGACUUAUGCUGCUGUGCCGAUUCCGGGCGCGUAUGCUAGUCCGCUCAACUCGCCGGGACUGCCGCCGGCCAAUAUGGCGAUGAGUGGGUUUGACUUUGGGCCGAGUGUGAAUGCGGAGCAGCGGCCGUCGCAGCAAUAG